GGUACCGCGCUCCCUGCGAGGCGCUAGCAAUGGCGGGCGCUGCUUCGUUCUGGCUAGUGCUGGGGCUGUUGCUUGGGUGUCCGCUACUCGAAGUUCUCGGAGAGUGCCCCAGCCGCUACUGCAGAGCACAUCCAGAGCACCGAACCCCGGUGGGCCCUGGGGCCACCGAACCCUGGAGGCGACUGGCGCCUCAGGACCAGCGCGAGCGGGCCAGGGCGCUACCUUGGGGGACCCUGUACACUGCGUGCGUCGUGGCCUUUGUGCUGUACAAGUGUUUGCAGGGCAAAGAUGAGGUUGCAGAUCUCCAAGAAAAAAGCAAGAAGGAAUCAUUGCAGUCAGAGCAACAGCUGGCCCAGUUGACACAACAGCUGGCUCAGACAGAGCAGCAUCUGAACAACCUGAUGGCCCAACUGGACCCCCUUUUUGAGCACAUGACUGCUCUGGUUGGAACCCAGCGGGAGCUUUUGGAUAAGAAACUACAGACCAUUCAUCAGCUUCUCCAAGACUGCAAGCCAGAAAAGGGUGUGCACACUCCAGAGUCAGAGGCCAGCAUACCCUUUCCUGAGGAUUUACGAUUAGAUGAGGAAAAAGAAGAAGAGGCUGGUGACAGUCAGGCCUGCAAGGAGCCUGUGAACUGGAACCUAGCUACUUCCUGGCAAGUGGAACAGGGUCUAAGGAGAAGAUGCAGCAAGCCUGUGACAAAGGGUCUCAGGCACAGCCCCCUCCAGGAAGAAAGGAUAACUCCUGCAGGUCUAGUAAAACCAAAUCUGUUCUUGUAACUGGAUUCUCCUGUGUACUUUUCCCUCACCACUGAUCAUACAUACACCCAUACUAGGUGAAUAAGGAUAGCCAGGCCUCCUUGAAAAGCUCUCCUUAUUAGGACAUAAGAAGCUGCCUUCCAGAUGAGAACAGAGCAGAGGGAGCUGCAGUUCUUUUCCUAGUAUUACUGAGGCCACCAGCCUUCACAACCCAGAAAUCCCUUUUCUCAUAGCUGAAACAGAAUGAUCUUUUAAAUAAAUAAAUAAAAAAUUUUAUUAAAAUUCAGGGGAAAAUAAGUUAUACCAUCACAUUAAAACGGUCUCAUUUUAAAAAAAGUCACAUUUUCAAAUUUUCCAUCUUGAUAAACAACUGAUCAUAGAUAGCAUGACCUUAUCAGUCCCAAAGCCCCUAUGUUGGAAGGGCUGGUUCAGCUUAUGUGCAGUUGGGUUACAAUUGAUUUCCUAAUUCAUUCUUUCUCCCCCCAACCCUCCCCCCCUUUUUUGGGGCAGGAUCUCACUGUGUAAUGCAG